AUGACUCAUGGAUCCCUGCGAUCUAGCUCGCGGGCAUCUUAUUGGUCAAGCGGGAGACGCUCCCUUGUGCGCGCACCGCGGGUCAGCUUGACAAACCCUCACCGUAUUCACCUCGACCCCCUGUCCUGCGACCUUUACCCCGCUGCGAACUGCGCUGUCUUCCCCAUCGACUUCGUCUGCCCCGCAGUCCCUGGCCAGGGACAUUGGAUCCGCGCGACAUCUGACGGAUCUCUUUUCGAUCAGGAUAGAGGCGCACAAAGCAAAUCUUUCUUGGCCACUAUCAGUGAUAUUCGACUGUGGGCUCGCAACCAGGCUGAGAACCCCGUCCGGGCCGAGCUCACGGAACACUUGAGCUUGCGGCCCUCGCCGCGCAUUGGUCCCGACAUAAAGAGCGCGGCCCUGAUCGACACAGAUUACCAAUUUUCUUCCCUUUGA